AUGCCGCAUCUAUUCUCCAUCAACCACCACCACCACCACACAGCGAGCGCCCCUGAGCCUCCCCUUUCCAACUUCCCAGCAACACCAUCCUCGCCCAACGCAUAUGCUCCCGCAACAACAGCGAACACUCCAAAUAGCGAGCCCACCACAUUGCUAGAUCUCUUUCCGUCAUGCAAGGAAGAAAAGCCUCCCAACCCAGCCCUCACCGUGCGCCUGCACAAGCUCCGCGAAACGCUCACCACGAUCGAAAUCUCUGUGCGCAACCGCGAACUGCUCAUCUCCCUCGCGCGCAAAGACCCGCAAUACCGACUCCACCUCUUAGAAAACAAGCAGUGGAAAGCGUGGGCCGAAGGCCAGAACCGCCUCUACUACGCAGUGCUCAAGCAAAUGACGCUGCUCGGGGACCGCGCGAAGCAGAAGCAUGUUGAGGACUGGGAGGCGAAGGUGGAAGAGCUGCGGCAGGGCACGCUGCAUCUGAGCGAUGUUAUUGUGGGGGAGAACAUGGCGUGGAAUGCGAGUUGGCUAGCGGAGCGGCCAGCGGGGUUGAAGAAGGGGUGGAAUUUUGGGGAGGCGGAGCGGAGGGGUGGGCCGGGGCUGGAGGAGGAUCAGGUCGCUGCACCGACGGAUACUGGGAUGAUGAAUCCGAAUGGGGAUGUUGGGCGGAAGUAUGCGAAGAACUAUGCGGGGAUUGCGAAGAACAGGCAGUUUUGA